CAACAAUUAAAUACCCAAAAUUUCCCUUCUUUCCCCCUCAUUUCUCCAUAGCCAUGGCAGAGAAAGAGCAAGUCAAGCCCUUGGCAGCUUUCCCCCCCGGCCAAUCCCGCAGCGACGACGAUGAUCGUUUCCUUCUUUCUCCGGCCAAGCUCCGCCUCCAAACGCACAAAUACAUCAAGUGCUGCGGUUGCUUCGCCGCUCUUCUCUUAAUUCUCGCCGUUGUCGGCAUCGUCCUCAGCUUCACUGUCCUCCACAUCAAAAAUCCAAAUAUCGAAAUUGAUACCCUAUCGUUCUCAAACAGUGGUUCAGACGGUGAGAUGAUCAUUGUGGCAAGCGUCUCCGUGAAAAACCCUAAUGUUGCAUCCUUCAAAUACUCAAAAACCACGACAAAAAUUUAUUACGGUGGCAAGGUCAUCGGAGAGGGCGAGACCCCGGCCGGGGAGGCGAAGGCGAAGGAGACGAUGAAGAUGAAUGUGACGGUGGCGAUUGGGCUUGAGAAGAUCGAUGACGUUUCGAGUUUGAUGAAGGAUUUGAACUCGGGAUCAUCUUUGAAUAUCAAUAGCUACACGAAGAUUCCGGGGAGGGUCAAAAUACUUGGCUUCAUCAAGAAAAACUUGCUUGUGAGGAUGAACUGUUCCAUGACUUACAACACUAGAAGUCAGACCAUUCAAGGGGAAAAUUGCAAUCAACCAGUAGAAGUCUCUGAUUAAUGAAGAGAGAAA